AUUUGUCUGAAUUCCCCCCACACCCCCCGCUCUGGAUCCCGGGUUCAAAGCAAGAUAAUCCAUGGAAAAGCAUCGGAUUAACGGCGUUUGACCUCAGCGAAUUUGAAGUCUUGAUCUCGCGAGAUCACUGGUUGCUUAGAAACCAGUGUUAACAAAUGUGGAAAUCGGCAGUUGCCGUCCUUAAACAUUACAGCUCUAAUAAUGGAGGGACAAAAGGCAGACGAUGCUUCUGAGUCGGUGGAGCAGUUUCAGGCGGUGCUCAGCGAGUUGGUGGGGGGCGAGAGUGCGGAUAAGAUCCGGGGGGAGUUUGAAAAGCUCACCCACGCUCUCAAAAAGUCACAGGAAAAUGAAAAAAGACUGAGGUCAAAGUGCAGGGAACUAAAUGCAGAAGUUGUGUCAUCUUCAACCAAGGUGGCAGCUGCUCUGAAACUGUCCCAGGAAGACGAGACAACACUAACGUCUUUGAAACGGGAGCUGGAUAAAGCCUGGAAAAUGGUGGAUGCUGCCCACGACCGAGAAAAGAAGGACAGUGAGGCCAUCAGGGUCCUGAAAGAGGAGGUUUCCAAACUCACACAACAAACUGACAAUAACAGAGACCAGCACAGUGAACUCUUUAGAAAGGUUGAGGAGUUGACAAAAGAAAGGGAUGAGCUGAUGGCAAAGGGGGAGGACCUCAGGAAGAGACUGAAUGAGGCUCACGCAGCUCAGCAGGAGCUGGAGACUCAGAGAGAGAAGGCCUCCCAGACGCUCGCUCAGCUUCAGCAGGAGCUGCAGGUCCAGCAGAACGACAUUUCCCGUGAAGUGAGACUAAAGGAAAAGCUGGACAAAGAGGUUCAGCAGCUGCACACUGACAUGGAGGCCAAGUUAGGAGAAAUCAAAUCCCUGAGUCUUCAGGUCCAGAAGGCCAAAGAGGAGCAGCAGAGACUGGAACUGCUGCUCAAAGAGCAAAGGAUGUUGAACGAUAGAAGCACCAAGGAGCUGGAGCAGAUGCAGGCCAGGAAAAGCAAGCUGCAGCAGGAGUUUGAGCAGCUGGCAUCAACCAAAGAGCGCCUCCUUGUGGACAACCAGCAGAUCACAAAUGAGCUGAAGAUGAGAGAAGAGGAGGUGAGUCAGAUGCGUCAGGAAAUUUCCAAACAAACCAAGACCAGAGAAACUGUGCAGAAGAAGUUCUGGCAGAUGGAGGAGCAGAAGGCAGAUGUGGAAGUUCAGAUGGAGGUACUGAAAGCUCAGACUGCUGCUCUGGAGAAAGAUCUCGAAGCAGCCAAAAAACAAGUGGAAACAGAAAAAAAAGCAAAAGAUGAGCUGAUUCGAGAGAGAGAUAUCUUGAGUAAGAACGUUAUGAAAGCUGUGCAGUCAAGUGAGAAACAGCAGAACGCCAUGAAGCUCCUGGAGCUGGAUAAGAGGAGCCUGGAGCAGGAGAUCAGCGGAUACCAGCAGGAGGCCCAGAAGCAGCGCAAGAUCAUCCAGCAGCUGGAAAAAGAAAGGGACCGCCACAUUGAUGAGAGCAGCAGCCUGAUGCAAAAGGUGCAGCAAAGAAUGAAUGAUGUGAAAGUCAAAGAUGUGGAGAUAUGUGACUGGAAGAAGAAAGUGGCAGAGGCAGAGUGCAAACUGAAGCAGCAAGAGAGCCUGCUGGAGUCCGUCAUGUCUGAGAGGAACCUGUACAGCAAAAGCAUUGCAGAGGCUCAGGACGAGAUCACAGAGUUGAAGAGAAGGAUUAGGACACUGAGCAACCAGGUUUCUCGGCUCAAAGAGGAGAUCAGCAUCAAACACCAGGACUGUGCCAGCAGUCAGGCUGAACACAAGCGCCUAGACAAGGAGAAUGAGAACUUAAGGGAGGAGCUGCAGUCCAUGAAGCUCCAGCUGGAGGAAACAAAGAAGCAUUUUGACAGUCAAAGAGCUGAACAACAAAACCUGCACAAGAUAAUAUCAGACAACGACAGCGAGUACACCCGACUGAAGGGACAGCUGCAGCAGGUGACAGGGGAGCGGGACAGCCUGGGCAAACAGCUUCUGCACAGAAAUGAUGAACGCUCACUGCUGUAUGAGAAGAUCAGGAUCCAGCAAUCAAUCCUGGCAAAGGGGGAUUUUCACUACAAGCAGAGGCUGGAGGACAUCCGCCUGCUCAAGCUGGAGAUCAAGAGGCUGCAGUGCAAGAAGAGCCGCAUGGACAGGACCAUGCCCAACACAGAGGAGCUGAGACAGGAGCUGAUCCACCUGCAGAAGGAGCUGAUCAGAGAACGAGUGAGGAACAGUGCUCUUGAGGAGCAGCUGAAGCCAAUAAACAUUCACAGAUGGAGGCAGCUGGAGGGAGGGGAUCCUGGUAAAUACCUGCUCAUCCAGAAGAUUCAAUGCUUGCAGAAGAGAUUGAUCACCAAAACCCAGGAGCUGGAGGAGCAGGAGCUUCUGCUGCAGGAAAAGGAAAAGCUCUAUGUGGAGCUGAAAACCAUGCUGGCCAGGCGACCCGGUCCAGAAGCAGCUGAGCAGCUGUGGCAGUACGAGUUCACCCUCAGAGACAGAAGCAAAAAGCUGAAGGUUCUGACAGCAGAAUUGAGGAUGCUUGACUCUGAGAUGAAUGAAUACAAGAGUGAGAACCACAGACUCUCCAGUGAGCUGGCAAACAUCAAGAAGAAGUAUCUCUGUCAGAAAAAACUCUGUAGUGAACAAAGAACCCGACCCAAGCUGGAGCAGCUGGAACCGCUGCCUCAGCUGAGCAGCAGAAGUCACUUCACUGGAGGAGGCUUCAGGCUUGACCAGCCUGUGAAACCAUAACCGACACUGUCGAGGUUCAAAGCCGUCUGAGGAAGAGCUGAUUUGAUGCAGCAAAAGCUGCUGCAUGUGUGGGGAGGAGGAGCUUCUUCAAAAUAAAAGCAAAGGUCUUCAACUAACUUAAAAUAAAUUAGUCCUUAGAUUUA